AUGACGCCUCCUACCGUCCCAUCGGUUGAUUUGUUGUACCUGACAUUUAACUGUGCGAAAAGCCUGCUCGACAUCCCCGUCUUUAGCGCUCAUCUACAAACCGCUUUCCACCAAAAUGCUACCGAUUUACCACAGGUCGUUGUUCUCUCUUUGCAGGAGGUAGCGCCCUUAGCAUACUCCUUCAUUGGUGGUUACUUCUUGAACUCGUACAUAUCGCGAUAUGAACAAGCCAUCAACAUCGCCGCCCAGCAUGUUCUCGAUAACAUCUCGAGCCGGGAAAGCGACACCAUCACCAUCACGCCCACUGCCCGUCCCGCGAAGCCAUACACUCUCGUACGAGGCAACAAUGUCGGCUACACCGCCAUCCUGCUAUUUGCGCGCGACCCAUCAAAAAUAAAAGAUAUCCAAGAGGCGGAGGUCGGUUUCGGUGCAGCCGAGAUGGGAAACAAGGGUGCUGUCGGCUUGCGCAUGCUUUACGAAGGCGAUGAUGGCUCAUCUGAGCUGACUUUUGUUGCCACGCACCUGGCAGCCAUGGAGUGGAACUUGCCGAGACGGAAUGCCAAUUGGGCAGUCAUAAUGCGCGGAAUGGCCUUUGGGAAUCCAGAAGUGGUUGUGAAUAGUUACAAGACCUCUAUUACCCCUUCACCAGCUUCAACACCGCCCACUGAAGACCAGCCAGAACAUGUUCGUCUCCUCGAUGAUGAGCUUGACGAGCAACAUUCGCGCUUUCAACAGGAGCUACACAAUAUCUCCGUCUUUAAGCCUACGUCCCAUCUUUUUGUAGCUGGUGACUUGAAUUAUCGCAUAUCAACUACAUCUCCGCCCCCGUCAGCUGCAUUCCCCAGCCUUGACCCAGAGUCUGAGAAUUACUACCCAGACUUCUUCCGCCUUGAUCAGCUAACACGGGAACGUAACGCUGGUCGCACGCUACAUGGUCUAUCGGAGCAUGAGGUGCGGUUUCCACCAACGUACAAGUACGAUGUGUUACCUCAGAGACCUGGCGCUCAGGAGCCUGAGCUUGAUGUGCCAUGGAAGUUUGCUGCCCAUCGCUAUCCGGGCUGGACAGAUCGGGUCCUAUUCCUCGAAGUGCCUUCGUGGUUGAAGAAAGGAGACUACAAGGACCCCAAAAUCAACGUUCGCGCUUAUGAUUGUCUGCCUGUUUUACGCAUGAGCGAUCAUCGUCCUGUCUUCCUCCGCGCCGACGUGCCCCUCAUUGCACCUGGUGAGAUGGCCCCGCCAUCGAGUGUGGACCCUGAUAUGAGUAAAGAUCCUCGAGCCCGACUCCCAGUGGAGAUCGACCCAGAGGCCUGGGAGCGCCGUGCAGCUGCGCGCCGCAAGGAGGUCAUGGCUGGUUGGAGCAUGUAUCUCUGGAGUACAAAGGAGGGUGCUUGCAUCUUAGCGGCCAUUCUAGCCUUUGGUGCUGGCGUGUAUUGGAUAUACCACUUGUUUUAG